UAUCAUUAUUGUCAUACUUGAAGUUAAUACCCUUGCAUUUGCUGGUAACUUAGCUGAAGAUGUAACGUGUUCAUUGGGCUUUUUGGCAAAAAGGAAGCAGACAGAGAAGAAUAAUUUACCUUUACCGGAAGUACGUAAUCAUAUUGGACGAAUGGAUAGAAGAGAAGGUCAUAAUGAAAUUGAUUCCAGUAUCCUCAGAGUAGUAGGCGAUGUCGAACCAACUGGUAUUAGAGAUUUCGGAGGACCCGUUUAUCAUCACUAUGAUCGUGGUCGUGUGAGUGUAUAUGGUAUAAUCAGUAGUAUUAUAGGAGAUAUCACCUUAUCGACAGACGUAGAUGCAAUUCUUAAACAGACCAACUUGCAAUUUGUUGAUGUCUAUGGAGAUGUGUUUAGAUUUUAUUUUUGGGCCAAAUUUCAAGUUUCGGGUUUUCACUCUCCCGCACUCAUCUCUUUAAUGGAUCAAGAAUGUGUGACUAAUUGUUUUGAGCCUCGUUAUUUUUUUAAUAAUGAGAAUGUUCCAUUCCGCAUCUGGAACAAUAAAACGUGGUACAUAAUCGCUGAAGCAAAAGUUCCCUUUCAUAAAGAUGUAUUUCAAAAAGUUAUUGAACGCUGGACAAAAGAAGUUCAUUUGAUAAUUCCGCCCAUAGAAUACGCUGAAAUAAUUAAUGACACUGAUUUUGAACGUAGUGAUACAGAUCACAAUGAAUUGCACGAAGAAUCUUUAAUUAUUAAACCUGUAAGGACAAUUAUUAGAAGGUUGAUACCAAAGAGAAAAGACAAAGAUGAUGAACUAGAAGAAUCAGUAGAAUAUUAUGAGUGCAUUGGUGAAAAUCGUGUAGUUUACUCGCCGAUUAUAAAAAGUUCUCAAGAGUCUGCAGAAGCCAAUAUUCCAUUUUAUUAUCCAAAAGUAUCAUGCCUUAGCUAUGUUUAUUCAGAAUAUAAGAGAGUUUACAAUACAGAUAUGGCAGAUUACAAUGGUUUAGAUGAUAAUGAUUAUCAAUCUUGGAUAUAUAUAGAGAUUGUUCCUUUAGCAUCAUUUAGCAAUAUACUUCAUAUCUCUGACAAAAUGAAAUAUGCAUACACACAAUUAUUUAAAAAAUUAUUCAAAUGGUGUUAUAAUACAUCUAUUGGCUACCAAAAACGGGUUCAUCAUGAUUUACUGGUACCAAAAGAUUUAUACAUGCAAACAUAUAAAUAUUUAAAAGAAAAAUAUGCACGAGAAUUGGUCAGAAAUUGGACAGAGAAGACAGAUCCAGCAAAAUUUGUAUUUGAAGACAUUGCGAUUGCAAGUUGGUUAAUUUCAUUAUGGACGUUAGAAAGACAAGAAAAUUGUCAAACAAGGUUACAGUCAUUUGUUGAUUUAGGAUGUGGAAAUGGUUUGUUGACCUUUCUGCUUACGUCAGAGGGACAUGAAGGAAUGGGCAUUGAUGUGAGAAAAAGAAAAAUAUGGGAUGUGUUUCAAAAUAAAGGAGCUAAAUUGAUAGUUGAAACAUUGCAGCCAAAUGUUGUAACUUAUCCGAAUGCAGAUUGGAUAAUUGGAAACCAUGCUGAUGAACUCGUUCCUUGGAUACCAAUAAUAGCUGCAAGAUCUUCAGAUAAUACAAAUUUUAUGGUAAUUCCAUGUUGUUUUUAUGCACUUUCUGGAUCAAAGUAUACUUUUGCAAAACAGAUAAUUUCUAGUGGAAAGUAUAAAGCGUAUCAAGAAUAUAUUCAUGAAAUAAUUAAUAAAUGUGGAUUUAUUGUUGAAUAUGAUUGGCUAAGAAUACCUAGCACAAAAAAUGUUGCCAUAGUAGGUAGGAAGAGAAAAAAGAAUAACCAAGAUCAGAUAGAUGAAUUGUUACAAAGUAUUGGCUCUGGUAUAAUCUUAAGGUCAGAUUUAUAA